GUAUCAGCUGCGACUCACAUUUUUGCCCAAACCCCAAAGAUGCGGCUCGUAAUGACCCGAACCCUCUUCCUGCUACUGUCGGGGGCCCUGGCUGUGACCCAGACCUGGGCGGGCUCCCACUCGCUGAGGUAUUUCUACACCGCGGUGUCCCGGCCCGGCCUCGAGGAGCCCCGCUUCAUCUCCGUGGGCUACGUAGACGACACGCAGUUCGUGCGGUUCGACAGUGACGCCCCAAGUCGGAAGAUGGAGCCGCGUGCGUGGUGGAUGGAGCAGGUGGGGCCGGAGUAUUGGGACCGGGAGACCCUGAGGGUAAAAGAGACAGCACGGACUUUCCGACUGAACCUGGAAACCCUGCGCGGCUACUACAACCAGAGCGAGUCCGGGUCUCACACCUUCCAGUGGAUGUUUGGCUGUGACUUGGAGACAGACCAAGGCCUCCUCCGCGGGUACAGUCAGGACGCCUACGACGGCGCGGACUACAUCGCCCUGAACCAGGACCUGCGCUCCUGGACCGCGGCGGACACGGCGGCGCAGAUCACCCGUCGCAAGUGGGAGGUGGCCGAUGUGGCGGAGCAUGAGAGGAACUACCUGGAGGGCACGUGCUUGUGGUGGCUCCGCAAGUACCUGGAGAUGGGGAAUGAGACGCUGCUGCGCGCAGAAUCUCCCAGCACACACGUGACCCGCCACCCCAUCUCUGACCAUGAGGUGACCCUGAGGUGCUGGGCCCUGGGCUUCUACCCUGCGGAGAUCACCUUGACCUGGCAGCGGGAUGGGGAGGACCACACCCAGGACACUGAGCUUGUGGACACCAGGCCUGCGGGAGAUGGGACCUUCCAGAAGUGGGCGGCUGUGGUGGUGCCUUCUGGACAGGAGCAGAGAUACACGUGCCACGUGCAGCACGAGGGGCUGCCCGCGCCCAUCACCCUGAGAUGGGAGCCUCCUCCUCAGCCCUCCAUCCCCAUCCCGGGCAUCAUUGCUGGUGUGGCUGUCACUGUCCUUGUGGUCACUGUGGUGCUUGGAGCUGUGAUCUGGAGGAAGAAGCUCUCAGGAGGAAAAGGACCAAGCUACUCUCACGCUGCACGCGAUGACAGCACCCAGGGCUCUGAUUCAUCCCUAAUGGCUCCUAAAGUGUGACCCCAGCUGCCCCUGGGGAACUGAGCGAUGCAAGAUUUGUCCACACUCCCACUUGGUGACAUCAAGAGCCCCUGACUUCUCUGUCUGCAGUUGGUGUCAGAAUGUAUCUGUGUUCCUGUUAGCAUGGUGUGAGGACACAGGAGACUGGCCCACACUGCCCACCGUGACCCCUCCCGAUACUGAUUACUGUUCCCUUUCUGAUCUGCUUUCCUGUUCCUGAAGAGACAGGGCUGGACUGUCUCCAUCCCCGUCUUUAUUUCAUGUUGGUCAGAGUCCUGACGUGUCACUUCCCUAUUAAAAAUGAGAAUCCAGAUAUGAAUCUGUGUUUUGUAAUUCUGGGUAUGUGGUGAUGAUGAAAUAAUGAAAGAAAAGAUUUAUAAAGUUGAGACAGAAAAAAAAUUAAAGCACUGAGAAC